GAGAAUCCCUCAAAAGGCCAGAUUUUCCUCUGCCACUCUCAAUCCUCGCAGAUUCUAUCCUGAGGGGAAGCCAUGGUUAGCAGCUCAUUGCUUUCAGCUGUUGCAAGAAGAUUGGAAGGAAAGGUGGCUUUGAUUACAGGCGGUGCUGGGGGUAUUGGAUCUUGUACUGCAAAGCUAUUCUCUCAACAUGGUGCCAAAGUCCUCAUCGCUGACAUUCAAGAUGAAAAAGGUCACCUCAUUUGCAGGGACCUCGGCCCCUCUUCUGCUUCCUUCAUCCACUGUGAUGUCACUAAAGAACUGGAUGUGAGCAAUGCCAUCGACGAGGCGGUUGCUAAGCAUGGAAAGCUUGACAUCAUGUUCAACAAUGCUGGUAUUUUAGGACCCAAAAUAAUUAAUAUAUUGGACAACGAUGUCGCAGAAUUUGAGAAUACAAUGCGUGUUAAUGUCUUGGGGGCAUUCUUGGGCACCAAACAUGCAGCUCGUGUAAUGGUACCAGCUGGCCGCGGAUGCGUAAUCAAUUCAGCUAGCGUUUGUUCAGUGGUUGGCGGGAUUUGCACACAUUCCUAUGUAAGUUCGAAGCAUGCCAUACUGGGGCUAACCAGGAACACUGCAGUAGAGCUUGGGAAGUUUGGGAUUCGAGUUAAUUGUGUGUCACCUUACGUAGUUCCAACUCCCAUGUCAAGGAAAUUCUUGAAUUCAGAAGAUGAUGAUCCCCUUGAAGAUGUUUAUUCUAACCUCAAAGGGGUAGCUCUUAUGCCUCAAGAUGUGGCAGAAGCUGUUCUUUAUUUGGGAAGUGAUGAUUCGAAAUAUGUAAGUGGAAACAAUCUUGUUAUCGAUGGUGGUGUCACCAUUGCAACACCUUUCAAUAUAUUUGAUCAAUAAAUCUAAUUUAAGUUGAUCAAAGGAUAUGCAAUGUAUGUGUGGUUACAAAAUCGGAGUAACCCUUUUCUCA